AGAUACUUGACAGUGUCGGAGAAGAGAGGGUGAGGAUUGUUCAGCGGCGGAGCCUCCAGCCCGGAGCGCACGCAUGUUCAGUGGACUCGAAUGGUGCGAAGCCCCAGAUGAGGGACUCAGACGUCCGGGAAUGACAGCCGCUGUCACCGGGAGUGACAGCUUUCACUCUGAGCUACUCCGCUGAAAAACCCCUCCAGCUGACACCCAACACUGAUCCGGAUCGGAUCCAGCCACACCAGGACUAUGCCAGAGAUGGAGAAAGGUAGACCACCGGAAAAUAAACGCAGCAGGAAACCUGCGCACCCCGUGAAGAGGGAGAUCAACCAGGAGAUGAAGACGUUCGCAGAGAGCACCAUGAACGAGCUGCUGGGAUGGUACGGCUACGACAAGGUGGACCUCAGAGAGUCGGAGGCCAACGAGAUCAGAAACUACAGAGAGAGGCGUCAGCAUGUGUCUGUGCUAAAAGAGAACUCAUUGCCAAAACCUAAGAGCAUGGACACCAAAGUUGGUCACUCCGUCCUCGCCAUGAAGAGUGGAGAGAGAGAGUCCUCCAGUGUCCCCUCCUCUUCACCUUCAUCUUCCUCAACAAGUUCAUCUCUGACCACCCCAAAGGAGCACAAGAGUGCCCCUGUCAUUGUCCCCCUCAUAAAGCCAUCAGCAGUGGAAGACGUACAGAAUGUGCAGAUAGUGUGUGUUUGGUGCCAGAAGGAAGGUGUAAAACGCUACUCUCUAUGUAUGGGAUCAGAGCUCAAGAGCUUCUGCAGUGAGAAGUGUUUUGCUGCCUGCAGACGGGCCUACUUCAAACGCAACAAGGCCAGAGAUGAAGACCUCCACGGUGAGAGAUCCCCUCAACAUCCCCACACAGAGGACUCGCCCAGACUGGUGCUGAAGAUAAACAGCAAUGUCAGAUCUCUCUCCCCUGUACCACAGGUAUGUGAUUGGUGCAAGCAUGUCCGUCACACUAAAGAAUACCUGGACUUCGGAUCUGGCGAGGAGCGACUCCAGUUCUGCAGCACCAAGUGUCUCAAUCAGUACAAGAUGGAUGUUUUCUACAGAGAAGCCCGCGCAGCUCUCACCAGCUCCAGCCCGAGCAGAGCCAGCCAGGAGGGGAGGGCGGACGCCAUCGUGGCCGGGCAAAAGCUGCUCACCCCUGAGUCUUGGAGCAGCAGCACAGCAGAGGCUCGUCAUAGAAACCUUUCCCCUAAAGGGCCUACGCCAAUCCAUGGAUCAGCAGAAUCCACCUCUGUGUCGUCCCCCUCAGAGGCAUCCUCAUCAAAUUCCAAGAUCCCUGUCUCUGGGCUGAGGACCCUGGAGAGACCCAUCCAGCCUCCUCCCCCUGCUGUGGAGGUGUCACCCCAUCCUGCUCCCGUUCACCCACCACCUCCUCAUCCUCGUCCCACUCUGGAACAUCAGCCUGUACCUCAAAUCCACAUGCCCUUCAUCAGACCUCCUCUUCAUGCUCAGGGCCUGAAAAGCCCCCUUACCAACCCUCCCAGACACCCAGGCCCCCCCUCAAGUCCUAUCCACAGACCUCCCCACUCUCCUCACCUGCAACCCCCGACCUCUUCCAUGAAUCCCCCUGGACUGAUGCAUCCCUUCCCAGGUGCCUACUUCCCUGGCUUGCACUCCCCUCCUCUGAACAUGAUGCCAAGAGGUCCCGUCCCAAUGCCUCCAAUAAUGAACUAUGGUAUUCCUUCCUUUAGCCCUCUUCUGCCCCAACCCACUGUCCUGGUGCCUUAUCCCAUCAUUGUUCCCCUACCUGUCCCCAUACCCAUUCCUAUCCCUAUUCCAGUUCCCUCUAAGUCAACCCUAGAAACUCCAAGUCACAGUGGUGUUAUCCAGCCUGUGCCAGAGGGGGUAGACAGGGGUAGAUCCAGGGUUACCAGGCCGCCAUCUCCGGGGAUUCUUGAAGGGGACAGCAGAUUGGUAUCCAACAAAUUGGGUGGAACCUUGACUCAAGGUCUCCCCUCACUAAGUGAGCCCAACACAGAUUGGGUUAAAUCAGAGAGGCCAUUCCCGUCCCCGACAUCCACACCACACAGCGGAGCAUCCUCCCCCAGAGCACAGUACAAUGAAUCGCCCUGCCCAGCCUCAGGGUCAGAGGGGCUGACAGACUAUAAGCAGCAGCAGCAGUCAGAGCGACAAGUCAUCCAACGGGUUCUUCAAAGGACCCAAGUGAAGCCCAGUGCCAACGGAGUGGUGGACCUAUCAGGGCUGGGAGAGUCAGGAACUGGGCAGGGUACCAGAUCAGGACUCCAUGACAUCAUCAGACCCACCCCUCCUAUACAACAGUCCCCAUCACAUGACACUGUCUACCACCACCAGGACUCCCACACUCCACCUUCACACACCCCGCCCAGCCCUGCAGGCAGCAGCCCUCCGUACGAUGCCACAUCCUCUGCCCUGAAAUCUCAGGACCACAGUCCAAACGGGAUGUCCUCCUCAUCCACACCCGUCAGCCCGGACUCCUCCCUGCUCCAGAGAGUACCAGCACCGCCUCCUGAUCCUGUGCUCAGUGAGCUGGAGGCCAUCAAAGAGAACAAGUGCUCUGUUGUUGGCCCAGUGCGGGUUGAGGGCCCAGUCAGUCAGUCAGAAGAGCCCUUGGCAGUAGUCGGGGAUGUAGGAGAGGACCCCCAUGUUCCUGAUGAGGACCAUGCCUAUGCCCUGCCCACAGCGCCAAAGACAGGUGGGACCACCAUCCCGCUGCUCUUGCCCAAACUCAGGGACAAGGGCAGCCUGCGGAGCCCUGCUAAUAUGCCCAGCGCUGUAGACAUGGAACCAGCUCUGAAGAGGCGAUGCCUACGAAUCCGUGAUCAGAAUAAGUAGAGGAUGGAGACUCCCUGUUUAACACUGUAUGGCGGUGCCAGAUUCAGUGCCACGCCCUCUUGUGGACAACGCCAGUGCUAACACCCUCCAGCCUGUCCCUCAGCCUGUCAGCCCACCAGAGUGCUGCUCUGCUUGUAGACCAGCAGGGUGCCAACCCAGGAAGCAGUCCAGAUGGCCAUAUUAUCACAAGUCAACGUGGGGGGAAGAACACAGCACAGUCACACAUUUUGUCUUGGACCAAAGAGUAUCGCCGGCUCGUGUUUUUUCUGUUGUGUUCAGCGAGCGCUUGAUAUGGAGCAUCUCAGAUCUUCUCCCUGUCUGCCCUAAAGUGUGUCUAUGCGUGUGUGUGUAUGUGUAAAUGCCCAGAUGCGCCUCCUCAUCCUCCUCCUUCUCUCAUUGCUCUACACAGCAGACAGGGCUCUGAUCAGCCUUGUGUGGUCUUCUCAGAUGGAGCCUGAACAUGAUCUCUUUCCAGGGGAAACGGUUUGUUUUCCCUGCCCGGCUCGCACAAAGAGCCACAUUGUUCCUCUCCCCAUAUCCCACGCUGACUCCCCACUCCAGGUUUUGGGUUACCUGGCCGACGGGGGCUCAGACUUCAGGAGCUUUUUUAUUUUUUUGACCGACAGCCAGGAAUAUAGUAUACCCUUCUCCCCCUCCGCCCUCGCCGCCCAAUCUAAAUACGGUACACGGUAACACACCAGUGCUGAGGUUUGAUUCCUCGCAACCUGUGAUUCUCAAAUCUGCUCACUUCCUUUAAUGGAGGAGAGAAAUUCUGCUGAGAUUAAGACUUUAUCAUCAGGUGGUUUAGACACUGAGCGGAGAGAGCCUGGCUGGGCUGCUGAGACAGAUGACGACUGAGCGACAAAACCCAAUCUCUGAGAGGAACGGAUGCUCCCUCUGCCUCCUCUUAAAGUCAAACUACGUAGAACAUGAGUGGACACCUACUGAUACACAGUAGCAGAGACGGUCUGUGAACACUUGAGUCAUCCUGAUGAUGCUGGUCCCUCAGUUUUCACCUGAUCUGCCAAAAGCUUUGACGGCAAAUCAGAAUUUGAAUCACUUCUAGCACCAAGUGCUGUAGGCUCCAAAACCCUGAACACACACAGCACCUGACAGUUCCUGAUUAAGAUUUUUUUAACGUCACUGGCUUUGAUUAUUAAAAAAAAAAAAAAAUCAGGCUUAUAAUGUUACCAAAUGUGGUAUUAUACUUUAGCAUCAUGCAGCAAUCAGUAUUACAGUUCCCACUGUUGGGGAUACCUGAUGAGAUCUGAUCCAGACAGAUCACUCAGAGGCUUUUGUCAACUCUUGUCCCAUUGUACGACUUCAGUUUCUCUUGUUGAACUCUACACAGACACUAUUUGAUGUUAUAUUAACUUAUGAAUGAUGCAUCUGUAGAUUUUCACAAAAAAAAAGUUUGUUUUUUCUUUGACAAUUGUAUUCUGUGAGUGCCGAAGCUCUUAAACGCCCCCCCUUGUCGUUAUGUUUGUAUGCCGUAUCCCCACUAGAGUGCAGUGUUUGCCUGUGUAACUUUGCACCUGCCCCUAGCUGACAAGAAAGCACCAUAAGGCCCAUAGGCAGUCUGCUGAAACCCAUAUGAGUACACAGAACAUAACACUGCGCUUGGUGCCAGCAGACUGAUAUCCGAUGCCAAGUAGAGCUCUUUUCCUUCACAUCCUGCUGCCAUUAUUUUCUCUUUACAUGCUACCAUUACGGCAGUGUCAAGAAGACCCAGGGUGCCCUUCAGAGCCUCUUCUUAAUGAAGAGUUCACCAGUCCCCCCCCCCUCCUGGGACGAGCAGUCAUCAUGGCCUACUCCUAGAAUAACUCCAAAUAUGACCCUGCCAUCAUUCCAAAAUGACAUGCCUAUCAGUUUGUGUGUGUGUGUGUGUGUGUGUGUGUGUGUGCGCCCUACAGCAGCGACGCAUUUCUCCCCACUCAUUCCAGCCCUACAUCUUCACCACCACAGGUCAUGCCAUCCUGUUAGCGUCAUCCUCGGCUGGCCAGGGGGGACUUUGUCAGUGAUGACAUCACUCCGUGCAAAUAGCCGUGGUGUCAACAAGUGGUCCUCUACUCUGACGCCAGAGGCCAAAAAAAAAAGACUAUUAAAGACUGCCAUUGUUGGUUUGAUUGCACAUUUUAAUCAUUGCCAUUUCUGACCUGAUACAGUAUGAGUGUUAAUACAAUGUUUGGACAACCACAAAAAGUACUUUUGUGUCAGAAAUGUUGUUGCUGUUGUCGCCUGGAAUCCAUUGGUACUUUCUGACAUCCCUUGUCAAACAUUUAGCCCACUGUCUGAAUAGAUUAUUCACAGAUUGUUUGUAUUUGAAUAUAGAUUCAGUAACCGAGAGCUUUGGUGGAGACCUCUUUGUAAAGUUAAAUAAAUAAAAGUUAUUCUAAGAGCAAGAAA